UAAAGAUUCCCGUGCCAAGUGUCACGAAAACGUCAGUCAACACAACAGAAGGAAAAAAAGUAUUUUUAUCCACCUGUUUUAAUGUUUAAUUCCUAAACAGAAAAUAUAUAUUAAAAAUAUGUAAAUGUCCCUUAAUUAUUAAUAUUUAAUGAAAUAGAAGAAAAAUUAACAAAUCGCCAAUUACUACAUAUCUUCGAAAAUGUACAAUAGAAACUGCAAGAAUUUAGAGCCAGGUAGAGAGACGUAUAUAGGAAUUUAAAGGCUUUCAGACCUACACAUUUUUAUGAAAAAUCGUCGAUGCAAUUUAUAAUAUGGACGAUUAUAAAUUUCUAUUUAAAGUAGUACUGGUGGGUAAUGCUGGAGUAGGUAAAACUUGUCUUGUAAGAAGAUUUACUCAAGGAUUAUUUCCGCCAGGGCAAGGGGCCACUAUAGGUGUAGAUUUUAUGAUUAAAACCGUGGAAGUUGGUAAUGAAAAAGUGAAGCUUCAAAUUUGGGAUACAGCUGGACAAGAGCGUUUCAGGUCAAUAACUCAAAGUUAUUACAGAUCUGCUCAUGCACUUAUUUUAGUUUAUGAUAUUUCUUGUCAGCCCACAUUUGAUUGUUUACCUGACUGGCUGCGUGAAAUUGAAGAAUAUGCUAGUAGCAAAGUGUUAAGAGUUCUUGUUGGCAACAAGAUUGACAGAGAAGAUAGAGAAAUACCUAUGCAUGUUGGUGAAGAAUUUGCCGAAAGACAUAACAUGUACUUCCUAGAAACAUCUGCUAAAGAAUCCGAUAAUGUGGAGAGACUUUUUAUGCAGAUUGCAGAGGAUCUUAUGAAGCAAGCCAGGAUGACAAAUAUACCAAGAUAUGAUCCUAACAGUCAAAAUAUUAAUGACUCAACUAGUAAUGAUUCCAGUUGUUGUAGUAGGUUAAAUUAAUUUUUAUUUGAAAAAAACAAGAUUUCUUCGACUGAUAACUCGAUAAAAUAAUCGCUAAAUGAAGCUUUGUUUGUAAUUUACAAAAUUACGAAUUACUAAUUUCACUUAAGUGCAAUAAUAAUACAGAUGAAAUAUUUUCCUAAAAAUUUUUUUAGGUUGUAUUAUGAAGCUUUAAUUUUUUAUUCACUUUGACAUUAAUAAAUGUUAACCAUUCCUAAAUAUAUUAAAACUAAGGUACUUAGUAAUAAUUUUAAAUUGCCUUUUUAAAAUUUAUUUAUCUAUUUUAGUUCAUUUAUUGCAGUUAGGAGAACUUUAAAAAAAAACAUACAUUCAUUCCUUUUGUAAAGUAUUUAUGGUGCUUUUAAUGUAAUUUUAAACCAUUUAUUGCUUUUCUUUCUAUUGGAGUAGGAUAAUAAAAAAACGCGUAGUUUUCACUAAGUAUAUUGAAAUAUUUAUGUGUGUAAUAAAAGAAUUUUAUAUCACAUAAAAAUGUUUCCAAUUGUUGACGCCUACAGUUUCAAAUAAUUUAAGUACUUAAUUAAAUGUAAUACAUUACUAGUAUUAUUUAUUGCUAUUUUUUUUUAUUAUAAGUUAUUUGUUUUAGUGGUGUAGGUGUUGAUUCGUUUUGUAUUUAUAUAUACAAUUAUAUGAAGCCAAAGAGUAACUAUUAAAAAACUAAAUAAUAAAAA